AUAGAGGCUAGGUUAGGUUAGGUUACACUUUUUGUUGGCCUGGUUUAACUGUUGCAUUUAUAAUCUGUCACAAAUUGAUUGCAAUUUAGAGCAAUUAUUAUUGUCUGUAUAUAUUUUAUAGAAAUUUGCGUGUGAAUGAUGGCGUACGUAUCUUUCAGAAUUCAGAAAUGUUUACAAGAUUAAAGUCCAAAGUCACAUUCAGAAUCACUCUCACAUCUGAUCCUAAUCUGCCAUAUAAAGUACUUAGUGUACCAGAAAAUACUCCAUUUACUGCUGUAUUAAAAUUUGCUGCUGAGGAAUUUAGAGUGCCGCCAGCUACAUCGGCCAUAAUUACAGAUGAUGGAAUAGGUAUUAAUCCUCAACAAACUGCAGGAAAUGUAUUUCUUAAACACGGUGCAGAGCUCAGAUUGAUUCCCAGAGAUCGCGUUGGAUACACUAGAUGAUUUAUGUUAUUAAAGCAAAUUCGCAAAAGUAACGAGCAUCCGACUUAAACGAUGUCACACAACGAAAUGUCAAACAGAAAAACAUUAUCAAUAAACGGAAAAAGGAAAAACAGGAGGAAAAGGACAGAAGAUGUUAGAAAGGAGAAAGUGAAUGUAUAAUGUCAGAAUACAAAUCCGGCAAAGAC